AUGGCCGCGGAGUCGGACGGCGGCAAAGCGGGGGUCGGCUGCGGCGGCGGCGGGUUCGCGCAGCUGUAUGACGUGGACGCGGAGGAGCCGCUGGACUCCGCCGCGAUCCACAUCUGUCAGUGCUGCCGCUCCUCCGCCUGUUACUGGGGCUGCCGCUCCGCCUGCCUGGGCUCGCUGCUCGGCGGGAAGCAGCCUCCCGCCGGAGUCGGGGUCGGGGUCCGGGAGACGCACUGCCCGCCCCGGGAGCAGCUGUGGCUGGACUGCCUCUGGAUCAUCCUCGCCCUCCUUGUCUUCUUCUGGGACGUUGGCACGGAUCUGUUCCUGGCGGUGGACUACUACAGGAGGCAGAACUACCUCUGGUUUGGCCUCACUCUCUUCUUCGUCCUGGUGCCGUCGGUGCUGGUCCAGAUUCUGAGUUUCCGCUGGUUCGUGCAGGACUACACCGGCGGGGGGCUCGGGGAGGUGGAGGGGCUGACCAAGCGGGGCGCCGUGGUUCUGGGGUGCCUGUAUCCCGGCAGGGACCGCCUGCAGCUGGCCACCAUUUGGCUGUGGCAGGUCACCAUCCACAUCCUCCAACUGGGACAAGUGUGGAGGUACAUCAGGACUCUAUAUCUGGGCAUCAUGUCACGGCGGCAGAAGGAGCACCAUCGGCAAUGGUACUGGGCUAUGAUGUUCGAAUAUGCCGACGUCAACAUGCUGCGGCUGCUGGAGACUUUCCUGGAGUCGGCGCCUCAGCUGGUGCUGCAGCUCUGCAUCAUGAUCCAGGAGAAUCGAGCUGAGACGUUACAGUGCAUCUCCUCCUUGGCCUCCCUCCUGUCAUUGGCUUGGGUUCUGGCCUCCUACCACAAGCUCCUACGGGACUCACGUGAUGAUCAGCGUAGCAUGAGCUAUCGAGGGGCACUGUUGCACCUCUGCUGGCGCCUCUUCACCAUCUCGUCCCGUGUUCUCUCGCUUGCGCUCUUCGCCUCCCUCUUCCACAUCUACUUUGGCAUCUUCGUCGUGCUCCACUGGUGCGCCAUGGCUUUCUGGGUGGUGCACGGUGGCACUGACUUCUGCAUGUCCAAGUGGGAGGAGGUUCUCUUCAAUAUGGUAGUAGGCAUCGUCUACAUCUUCUGCUGGUUCAACGUGAAAGAGGGUCGAACACGCUACAGAAUGGUCGCAUACUACACGGUGGUUUUAGCUGAGAACACCAUCCUCACUGGAUUGUGGUAUGCCUACAGGGACCCCGUUUUGACUGACUCCUAUGCCAUUCCGACGUUGUGCAGUGUCUACCUGAUGUUUGCCGGUGGCGUCCUUGUGAUGCUGCUGUACUAUGGUUUCCUGCACCCCGCAUCUGCACACCUCCAGCCAAGCCCUGCCUCGUCCUGUUGUGCCCAGCUCCUCUGGGGUCUCCCGCUUCCCCCGUCAGCUCCACCCUCCGCUCCGCCCACCCCUGCCCACAUGGUCAAGUCACAGACAGAGGAGGAUGUGGCAGAGACGUGUCUUCCCGUCUUCCAGGUGAGGUCAGCGCCCCCAGUUUCUAAACCCGAGGGCCCACUGAUAAAAAUUGAUAUGCCAAGGAAGCGUUACCCGGCAUGGGAUGCUCACUACGUAGACAGGCGCCUGCGGAGGACUAUAAACAUUCUGCAGUACAUAACGCCGGCUGCCGUGGGCAUCCGCUACCGUGAUGGACCUCUGCUGUAUGAACUGCUACAGUAUGAAUCCUCCCUCUGACAAACAUGACAGCACAUACACAUUACACACAUGCACAUGGAUAUUUAGAAGCACAGGCGUGGCCAGGAAUUCAUUUUGGAGCCGAUGCCACUGACCGCUACAUAUUGGCACUGUCGUGUUUCAAGCAAUCACUAAAUCAUUAUCUGAAACAAUUGAUUUAUUUGCUGUUUUGAGCAUUCCGAGACAGUGAAUCUUUCUCCAAACCAUUUGGUUCAUUAGUGUUUCAAGCAUUUUGAAACUAUAAAUAAUUUUCUGGACCACUUGUUUCUUUUACCUUUUGGGGCAUUUCUAAACUAUUCAUUUCUGAAGAAACUGUGUCAUGUGCAGCUCAAGGAUUUUGAAAGAAUGAACUAUAUUGUGAUGCUCCAUUUGGUCAUUCAAGCAUUUCAAAACAAUGAAUUAUUUUCUAAAACAAUUGUGUAUUUAAUCUUUUGACUAAAUUGAAUUAGUGAAUAACUUUCCAAAGCAAUCAGUUAUUUUACAGUUUUGAGAAAUUCAAAGCACUUUUGAAAGUAACUGUCAGUGUUUUGAAACGGUGAAUCACUUUGUGAUGUUACUGGUUCAAUUGGUCUUUCAAGCAUUUUGUGAAACAUUUGUUAAUUUAGUAUUUUGAGCAUUUUGAAAAUCACUUGGUUCUUUACCAACUUGAGUGUUUCAGAACAGUGAAGCAAUUUCGGCAUUUUGUAUUUUAGAGUUUUAAAACAGUGAAUCAUUUUGUGGAAGCAGUUGGUUCAUUUGGUCUUUCAAGAAUUUUGAAACAUUGAAUAAUUUCUUCAUUUACGUGAAAGUUUUGAAGUGUCAUUUCUG